AAGCAGUAAAUAGACACCACAGCUUUUUUGUUCUUGCUCUCUACACUUCACAUUUACCCAAAAUCUUUAUAAUACUAUAUAUUUAAAACUUUUUAUCUUUUUGUAUUUUGGUUACAAAGAGACAAUUAUCUCUCCACUGUCUUUAUGUUCUUCUUUCAUGUAACCAAUCUAAGGCAAAACAAAACCACAGACACAAAUUCUACACCAAAAGCUUAACCAGAUUUUUCCCAAGAAAAAACCCAUCCAUGAAACCAUCAUCAGCUUCAAGAUUUUCUUUAACUUUCUCACACUUUCUCACACUCUACUGUCUUCUCACACAAACACAUGUAGCUCAAGGAUCUCAUCAAUGGCAAUCACCAAUCAAAACCGUCGUCGUUUUAGUGUUGGAGAAUCGAUCUUUCGAUCAUCUCUUAGGAUGGAUGAAGAACUCAGUAAACCCGACAAUAAACGGUGUAACGGGUCAAGAAUGUAACCCGGUUCCGAAUUCUACACAAACUAUAUGUUUCACUAGUGAUGCUGAGUUUGUGGAUCCGGAUCCGGGUCAUUCGUUUGAAGCUGUUGAGCAACAAGUAUUCGGGUCUGGGCCGGGUCAGAUCCCGUCCAUGAUGGGUUUCGUUGAGCAAGCGCUUUCCAUGCCGGGAAAUUUGUCGGAGACUGUAAUGAAAGGCUUUAGGCCUGAAGCUGUUCCGGUUUAUGCUGAGCUGGUUAAGGAAUUCGCUGUGUUCGACCGGUGGUUUUCUUCAAUUCCCGGUCCGACUCAACCAAACCGGUUAUUUGUCUAUUCGGCUACCUCACAUGGUUCCACUAGCCAUGUCAAGAAACAACUCGCUCAAGGGUAUCCACAGAAGACGAUAUUUGAUUCGCUUCAUAGCAACGACAUCGACUUCGGAAUAUACUUUCAGAAUAUUCCGACCACAUUAUUCUACCGUAAUCUCCGACAGCUAAAGUACAUUUUCAAUUUGCAUCAAUACGAUUUGAAAUUCAAGAAAGACGCGGCCAAAGGAAAGUUACCGAGCUUAACCGUAAUCGAACCGAGGUAUUUCGAUCUCAAAGGUUUACCGGCUAACGAUGAUCACCCGUCGCAUGACGUGGCUAACGGUCAAAAGCUGGUUAAAGAAGUGUACGAGGCACUUAGGUCGAGUCCACAGUGGAACGAGACGCUCCUAGUUAUAACCUAUGAUGAGCAUGGUGGGUUCUAUGAUCACGUCAAGACUCCUUAUGUCGGUAUACCAAAUCCCGAUGGGAAUACUGGACCGGCUCCUGGUUUCUUUAAAUUCGACCGGUUAGGUGUUCGUGUUCCUACCAUUAUGGUUUCGCCUUGGAUUCAAAAAGGAACCGUCGUAAGUGAAGCAAAAGGACCAACAGAGAGCUCAGAGUACGAGCAUUCAUCAAUACCAGCGACAAUCAAGAAACUCUUCAAUCUCUCUUCCAAUUUCUUAACACAUAGAGAUGCAUGGGCUGCUACUUUCGAAGACGUUGUAUCUCACUUAACCACUCCUCGAACCGAUUGUCCCAUGACUCUACCUGAAGUUGCACCUAUGAGAGCCACUGAGCCUAAAGAAGACGCUGCUCUUUCUGAGUUUCAAGGUGAAGUGGUUCAGCUUGCAGCGGUUCUCAAUGGUGAUCACUUCCUCAGUAGCUUCCCGGAAGAAAUUGGAAAGAAGAUGACUGUGAAACAAGCUCAUGAGUAUGUCAAAGGAGCUACUUCUCGGUUCAUUAGAGCUAGUAAAGAGGCAAUGAAGCUUGGUGCCGAUAAAUCUGCUAUUGUCGAUAUGCGAUCUUCGCUCACUACACGGCCACACAACUGAUUAAAAAUCUUGUUUGCAUUCGUCUUCCUAUGUUUUGAUCUGAAAAUGUGUGAUUUUAUGUAUGGAAACUAGAAUUGAGGAACAAAGAAAUAGACAAAAUUCAUUGUUAAUGUUAGUGAUAUGUUGAGCAAUCGAAAGAUCUUCAUAAACUCCCAAUAUAACUGAAGCCCAAUUAGGC